AUGGGGGUCCAGAUUGGAGCAGUGUCCUGCCUCCUGCUCACACUAUCAUUGGUGCUGGUGGAGGGAAAGCCUGAGGUGAAAGCGGAAUUGGCGGAAUCACCGAAAUUCCUGUUGCCGUGUAAUACUAAUAACAGGAGAUCUGACACAGCCCCAACAUCAGACGUGGGCCAGAGAUUGCAUUACUCUGUUUCCAACAUAUCCCCUGCCCCCCAGGAUAAGCUGGUAGAUGAAGCCAAGAAACUGACGGAGAGUCUUCAGCAAAGCCUGACGGUGUCUCUCGCUGACGACUGGAAGAUGAUCCUGAUAUUUGUCACAGCAGGGGACCCAUGCGGCUUCUGUGUUCAGGAAGAUUACACUGAGAAUACAAUGAAAGAACUAACAGAGGCUCUAGAUUAUUUACACCAACAGAUACCAAAAACAUUUGUCAGUUUGGUGGAUUUGACCGUGCUGAGCGGCCUCUAUCUGUCCCACCCCAGUAACGCUGAGAUCAGGAAAUCCUGCGAGUGUUUCCGGAAUCCGUCUGACUACAACAAAGCCAUGCUGGGCUUCUCCUUCCAGGCUGCGCUUGAGAGAUUAGUCAAUUCUGAGAGAUACGAAACAAGGGAGGAUUUUACAGUAGUCUUACAUCCUGUGCUGAAUGUGGUGGAUUCUGACAGAAAUAACCUCAGUAACUAUGGAGAGGUGUAUAAGGUGCAAUGCUCAGCACAGGACACUGCAUUCCUGAACACGCAUAAGAACAGUCCCUACAUGUGGCAGAAGGACAUGAUGCUGAACGAAGACAGCAAGAUGAAACAAUCACAGCGCAAUUUGUGUUUUCAGCCAUGGAAGAUCGGGUCCAACUUCUCUUGUGCUGACCUCAGCCCCUCAGACACAAUCCCCACCUCUGUUCACAGAUUGAAGCCGGCAGACAUUAAAGUCAUCGGUGCUUUGGGAGACUCACUCACUGCAGGGAAUGGUGCGGGUGCCAUCGUCAUCGACCUCCUAGACGUGGUGACUGAGUACCGUGGAUUAUCCUGGAGCAUUGGUGGGGAUGAAGACCUCAGUAAUACGACCACACUGCCAAACAUUUUCCGACAGUUUAAUCCGGAUAUUGAAGGAUACUCACUUGGAAAAGGGCCUAAUGGUCUUCCGAGGUCAAAGCUAAACCGGGCCGUGCCAGGAGCAAAUUCAGAAGAUAUGCUCAGUCAGGCCACGGCAUUGGUGACGAGGAUGAAGCAGAUGAACACCAUUAACUAUACAGAAGACUGGAAACUCCUGACUAUAUUCAUAGGAGGGAAUGACCUCUGCGGCAUCUGCAAGAACCCGAUAUCCCGUUCUCCAGAACAGUUUGUCUACCGCAUCAAGCAAGCCCUGGACUACUUGCAAACAGAGGUCCCGCGGAUGUUUGUGAACCUGGUGACAAUUCUGGACAUUUUGACACUGAAAGCUCUGUACGAUGAUAAGAGAACUUACUGUCCGCGACGGAUGAUGAGCGCACUGUGCGGGUGUGUGGUGGAUAACGCUGAGGGCAGUGCAGAGAUUGCAACUCUUAGAACAUUCAACAAGCAGUACCAAGACAAGACCCGCCAGCUGGUGGAGAGCGGGCUGUAUGAUACCACAGAAGAUUUCACCGUUGUCAUUCAGCCAUUUUUGGAGCAUCUCCAGAUACCAAGGAACGCGGAUGGAGUUCCUGACCGAUCCUAUAUGGCUCCAGACUGCUUCCAUUUUGGAGAGAAAGCCCACGCCCAGGGCGCACGUGGCUUGUGGAAAAACAUGUUUGAACCCGUCGGCCAGAAGACCACUAACCAGGCACUGGAUGACAAUAUCGGUAUAGAGUGCCCCCCUCAGAAUGACCCUUAUCUGAAGACUGCAAAGAACAGUAACUACGCUUACCCAACCAUUACUCCAGAUCCUGUGCAUGGAAGCACACUUACCUGUGCAGACCGCUCUCCAUCGCCUGUGAAACCCACGUCCGUUCAUGAACUGAGGCCGGGGGACGUUACUGUCGUCGCAGCUGUUGGCGACUCACUGACCGCUGGGAAUGGAAUUGGUUCCGCUCCGGGAGAUGUGUUAGAUGUGCUCAGACAAUACCGCGGAUUAUCCUGGAGCAUUGGAGGCGAUUCUACUCUGGACCAUGUCACUACCUUACCGAAUAUUCUUCUUGAGUUCAACCCGUUUGUCACUGGAUACUCAACGGAGAACGGAAGCAGCGCCGCUCACAACUCGUUCCUGAAUGAAGCCGUCCCUGGGGCCAAAGCCUAUGAUAUGCCCACCCAAGUUAGAGCCCUGAUUGACCAGAUGAGCCAAGACAAGAGGAUAAAUUUUGAAAAUGAUUGGAAAGUGAUCACAGUAUUUGUUGGCGCCAAUGACCUGUGUGCUUUCUGUACCGACAGCAAUGCGUUUUCAGCAGUGAGUUACAUCAGCCACAUCCAGGAGGCUCUGGACAUGCUCUACAAUGAGGUACCCAGGGCCUUUGUCAAUCUGGUGGAGGUGAUGGAUAUAAUCCCCCUGAGAGAGGCGGUACUGGAUAGCCGAGUGCAGUGUCCCACUGUCCUUACAAGGCUGCUGUGUCCCUGUCUUCUGAACAUCCCUGAGGACUCACACGAGAUGCAAGUGAUAAAAGACGCUAACAGCGCAUAUCAGCUCGGCCUCCAGCGUUUGGUGGAUUCUGGAAAGUACGAAAAAGAGGACUUCACGGUGGUCCUGCAGCCGUUCUUCCGCCACACCAAGAUCCCAAAUCUCCCGGACGGGACCCCUGAUGCCUCCUACCUCGCCCCAGACUGCUUCCACCUCAGCCAGAAGGCUCAUUCCCAGCUGGCCAGGAUGCUCUGGAACAACAUGCUUGAACCCCUUGGUAACAAAACAGACACCAUGGAUUUUGUAGCCAGUGUUCCUCUUCAUUGUCCAACACAGGUGCAGCCCUUCCUGAGGACACACAAUAACAGCGACUACAGUUAUCCCACGCAACCGCCAACGCAGAAACCUGUCGAUAACUGGGGCAGUGACAUGGAGUGCUACAGUGUCAUGCCAGUCUCUGACAACGUUCCCGCAUCAGUCCAUAGACUACGUCCAGGGGACAUUAAAGUGGUGGCAGCUUUGGGAGAUUCAUUAACGGCUGCGUUUGGUGCUAAAGCCACAUCCAUCCUGGACCUUACCACAGAGUGGAGAGGUGUCUCCUGGAGUAUCGGAGGAGAAGGGACUCUAGAGACAUGUACAACACUGCCGAAUAUAAUGAAGAAGUUCAACCCUAACAUACAGGGAUUCUCCACCGGUACUGGGAGCCAAAACCAAAUGUUUAAUGUGGCAGUUAGUGGUGCCAAGGCAGAGAACAUGACAUCUCAGGCACAAGCUCUGGUACAGAAGAUGAAGGAGAGCACUGUUAUUAACUUUGAAGAAGACUGGAAGCUAAUCACAGUUUUCAUUGGCUACAAUGAUGCCUGCCAGUACUGCCAGAAUAGGGACCGGUAUUCUCUGGGGAAUCACAUCCAACAUCUAACCCACGCGCUGGACAUAUUGUAUAAUGAGAUCCCUCGAGUUUUCGUGAACCUGGUGGAGAUAAUGGAGGUGGAAGGACUGCGUAAGGUCACCUCGGAGAACAUCGGCUGCAGCCUUUUAAAGCCCAUCUACUGCCCCUGCUUUGUGAACCCGCGGGACGGUUCUCCAGAACUGAAUGAAGUUAAGAAAUUCAACAGAGAUUUGCAGAUACAAGUGGCCGCCUUGGCUGAGAAAUACCAGGGCCGGGAGGACUUUGCCGCAGUGGCGCAGCCAUUCUUCCAAAAUACCAUGUUGCCAGUGGACAAGCUCGGAGAACCGGACGUCAGCUUCUUCUCGGCUGACUGCUUCCACUUUAGUGAGAGGGGACACGCGGAGAUGGCCAUCGCUUUGUGGAACAAUAUGCUGGAGCCUGUCGGCCAGAAACAGAACUAUAACAACUUCACCCACGAUCGCAACAAGCUGAAGUGUCCGUCCAAUGACCACCCGUACCUCUUCACUCUGAAGAACAGUUUACCACUAGAGGAUGAAGAGCCAACACAGAAACCAGAGCCACCACCAGUAAACACUGUGCCAAAAGAUGACGACCAGGUGCCAUACUGGGCUGUUAUAGUGGCCUCCAUCGGUGGCGUGGCUCUGGGAUGUGCCGUUGUUGGGGUUGCGAUGUCGGUGAUCUAUCGGAAGCGAGCGCAUAAACAGAAACGACUUAGCGAGAGCGGCUCCUCCUUCUGAGAGAACCUGUGGUGCUCAUGACAUCAUGAACAGUAUUUAUCUUUUAGUAGAACAUAUCUCCAUUUAGUAGAACAAUAUCCAGUUUGUCCUCAGCCUCGUCUGACCACCACCACAACCACCACCACCACCACAAUAGCAUAAAACACCCUGGACACUGGAUCUAAUGUGAUAUCUGCAAUAAUGAGACACUCUUAGUGGGGGGGAUCAGUUCUCAUCAAUGACCGCUAAGUGUUGCUUGAAACCAUACGGAACACUGGAAUCUCACGACCACCAACUUUGACAAUUUUCCCUUGCAAGUCAUAGGACAGUUUGGCUACUGUAAUAUCCUGAGGAUGUGCGCCGGGUACAUGGCGGUGGCAGAUCAGCGAGAGAUUAGUUCCCCAUAUAACAGUAUAUGUUAUACCUCCAAAUGAAUCACAGCCUAAUACAACCAUGUGCACAGCUGUGAGUACAGCAGAUUACACCAGAGGAACCUCCUCAUGGCCGUGUGCAGACCCGACGUGGGUUUGACAGCGACCGUUCCGUAAAUAGAUCAUAAAUAGUAUGAUUUAGCACCGGUGGCGCAGUGAAAUGUAUUACCUUCUCACAGAUACAGGGAAUAUGUACAAAAUAAUCUUUGCAAAGACAAACUCUCAUUAUAAUGUGAAUCUUUGUGCAAAUGAUCACAAAAUAAAGAACAUACACUCUACGUGGAA